UCAGCGGCCUCCUUCAGCUGCGGCGGAGGUGGCGGCGGCGAGAGCGGGCGCGAGGCACAGCGACAGCGCGCUCCCAGAGUCGGGGACGCCGCUGCGCAGAUCUCGAACCCGGCCUCCGCCUUGUGCGCGGCCUCGUCCUCUACGCCCAUGUGGAGCAUCCAUUCAGAGGGGCGGACCGUCUCCCGUCAGUUUUCCAAACCCCUGUCGAACGCGUCCGCAGCGGACGCGGGGUGCUCCCGGAGACACAGCGCGCCCUCCCAACUCAGCCACGCUCCUGGCCUAAGAACUGACACAGACACCAAGGUUGGCCUCUGGGGCUUUGGCGCCCGCCUCCAGACCGACCGGAUCCCUACGCCUGCGACCCGCUCGACCACCUCGGACGGAUCCGCCCCAGCCGCUAACUCGGACACCAGCAACCCCCGGGCAUCUAUACAAGGAUCUGUCCCGCCCUCAGUAUCCCCCCGAUUGUCCCGACGUCGGUCCGCCCCACCCUCAGUACCCGACUCCACCCGGGUAUCAAUACCAGGAACUUCUACAACCAAGAACUCCCUCCAAGGGUCGGUACAAGAAUCCAUCUCGCCCUCGAUGCCCAGCUUCCUCAAAAUAUGGGUACCAGCACCUCCACAACCCAGUAACACUCCCCAAGUGUCACUACUUGGGUUCACCCCGCCCUCAGUAUCCGGCUUCCUCUGGGGUUCGGUACGAGGACCUCCUACACCCAGUAGCUCCCCCCAACUGUCAGUACAAGAGUCCAGCCAGGUCUCCAUGCCCGACUACCCCCGGCUAUCUGCACCAAGAUCUGCCCCGCUCUCGGACUCUUCCCGAGAAUGGGUACAAGGGUCUGCCCCGACCUCGGUUCUCAGCCCCCACCCCGAGAGGUCGGUACGAGGAUCUAUCCCACUUUCGGACUCCUCCCGAGUGUCAACACAAGAGUCCACCCAGCUCUCAGAGCUAGGUUACCCCCGAACAUCGGUGGAAGAAUCGGCUCCGCCCCCGGGGUCCCCGGGAGUACCAGUACCAGGGUCCGCUCCGCCCUCAGCACCGGGCUCCGCCCGGGUAUCGGUGGAGGAAUCGGCUCCGCCCUCGGGCUCCCCCCGAGAGUCGGUAGAAAAGUCCGCUCCGCCCUUGGCCGGCCCCACUCCUCUACCCACGACCCGGGAGAGCCUCGACCAGAGCAUGGAGAGUCAGGAGAAGGCGAAUAGAGCGGGACGCAUGUUCGACGUAGUCGUGAUAGGAGGCGGCAUCUCAGGAUUAUCUGCCGCCAAACUCUUAGCAGAACAUGAAGUUAAUGUUUUGGUUUUAGAAGCCCGGGACAGAGUUGGAGGAAGAACAUACACAGUGAGGAACCAACAUGUUGAUUACGUAGACGUUGGCGGGGCUUAUGUGGGACCAACCCAGAACAGGAUCUUACGGUUAUCUAAGGAACUGGGUUUAGAAACUUACAAAGUGAACGUAAAUGAGCGUCUUGUUCAAUAUGUCAAGGGGAGAACUUAUCCAUUUCGGGGUGCCUUCCCUCCAGUGUGGAAUCCCAUUGCCUAUCUGGAUUACAACAAUCUGUGGCGGACAAUGGAUAACAUGGGAAAGGAGAUUCCAGCUGAUGCACCGUGGGAGGCACCACAUGCAGAGGAAUGGGAUAAGAUGACCAUGAAAGAUCUCAUCGAAAAAAUCUGCUGGACAAAGACUGCUAGGCAGUUUGCAUCUCUCUUUGUGAAUAUCAAUGUGACCUCUGAACCCCACGAGGUGUCCGCCCUGUGGUUCUUGUGGUAUGUGAAGCAGUGUGGAGGCACCACUCGGAUAUUCUCCAUUACCAAUGGGGGCCAGGAACGGAAGUUUGUAGGUGGAUCUGGUCAAGUAAGCGAGCGGAUAAUGCACCUCCUCGGGGACAGAGUGAAACUGAGGUGUCCUGUCACCUAUGUUGACCAGUCAGGUGACAACAUCAUGAUAGAGACAUUGAAUCAUCAACUUUAUGAGUGCCGAUACGUAAUUAGUGCCGUCCCUCCAACUUUGACUGCCAAGAUACACUUCAGACCAGAGCUUCCUUCAGAGAGAAACCAGUUAAUUCAGCGUCUUCCAAUGGGGGCUAUCAUUAAGUGCAUGAUGUAUUACAAGGAGGCCUUUUGGAAGAAAAAGGAUUACUGUGGCUGUAUGAUCAUCGAAGACGAGGAAGCUCCGAUUUCAAUAACCCUGGAUGACACCAAGCCAGAUGGAUCGCUGCCCGCCAUCAUGGGCUUCAUCCUUGCUCGAAAAGCUGACCGCCUUGCUAAAGUCCAUAAAGAACUAAGGAAGAGGAAAAUCUGUGAGCUGUACGCCAAAGUGCUAGGAUCCCAAGAAGCUUUACAACCGGUGCACUAUGAAGAGAAGAACUGGUGUGAGGAGCAGUACUCCGGGGGCUGCUACACGGCCUACUUCCCCCCGGGUAUCAUGACUCAGUACGGAAGGGUGAUCCGCCAGCCCGUGGGCAGGAUUUACUUUGCUGGCACGGAGACGGCCACACAGUGGAGCGGUUACAUGGAAGGAGCAGUAGAGGCCGGAGAACGGGCAGCUAGAGAGGUCUUGAACGCUUUGGGGAAGGUGGCAAAGAAAGACAUAUGGGUCCAAGAACCUGAAUCAGAGGAUGUUCCAGCUGUAGAAAUCACCCACACCUUCUGGGAGAGGAACCUGCCUUCCGUGACAGGCCUGCUGAAGAUCGUCGGAUUUUCCACAUCGAUAACUGCCCUGUGGUUUGCGGCGUGCAAAUUCAGGCUGCUGACCCGAUGCUGAAGUUUCAGCUCCAUGCUUUCUGCUUACUCUUUCCCAGCAUCAUCAAAAGCAAAAUGUUGACAAAUUGAAAGGCUGUGUCAUCGGAUCAUUUUUAAGCGCACUGAUUUAACCCCUCAGUUUAAUCUCAGUGUAUCACCUCCUUAAUUUCCGUAAGAUCAAACUCCAUCUUGUGAUUUGUCUAUAGACCAGCUCGUAUUGAUUGGUAGAAGAUAACCUUGUGAUCAAUUUCUUAAUUUCAAGAAGUUAAAGUUGACAUGCUCAUAAGAAACAAUUUCUGUGUCCUGUUUUUCUCCCCUUUAACACAAAACGUCUGAUGAACGCAGAAGUGAAGCAUUUAACUUUCUCCCUGUAGAGGCCGAGUAGGUUAAGGCCCAGCCUGUGACUGUCCUUUGAAGUCCUUAACAAAGGGUGAAGUGUAGGCCCAGACCCCAGAGACUCACAGCUUCCUGAGGUGAGCAGCUCCCACUUUGGAUGAGGGAAAGCGGUGGAGGUAGGAUUCAGGCCCUCAGACCAGUGAGGGGACAACAUCUUGUGGGCAGCUGCCGCAGGAAUCUCCUGACCGCUUCUAAUUCCUGUGACGUUUCUAGACAUCUAGGCUUCGUGCUGGUUUGUUUGUAUUUGUCCUCUUUUUCUUCUUAAAGAGGACAGUGUUUACCAAGGUAGAAUGCAUAAAUUGACUUGCUGUGACUGGUCUGUAGCUCCCCAGGUGAGCAGACUCAGAUAGUGGCAAGGGUGUCCCCCAGGAGGCCUCCCUGACUCGCUCUGCGUGAGACCGACUGCAAUAGGCUUCUUCUCGUCCUCCUGGAAGGUGGCUAGACUUGGCUUGUUGUCCAUAACAUUCUCUGCCAAUUCCAGGGAAACUGUAGUUUCCUUUUUUCAGGUACACCCUGGCCUUCUGAAGGCCCCUAGUGGCAUAUUUUUUUUUCUACAGCCAUAGUAAAAUUAGGCAGAUCUGUUAACUUAAACAUGUCUUCAACAUGGUUACCUUUGAGUAAAUACCAUCAUGCCAAUUUCUCUCAAAUAAGUACUGAAAUACAUGACAAAUUUCUGAUUGUUAUUUCUUUCUUUCUUUUUUUUGGGGGGGCCUGCUUUGAACACUAAUUUUUUCAAAGUAAAUGCUUUGGCUCCGUGGGACACUCAGCUAAGAGCAUCGAGGGGGCGCUGAGAGUGUUAUUUCUCAAGACUAUCAAAUACUGAAAGGAAAUGAGGGCUCUUACUAUAACCCCACUUGCCUUAGUUAUUAAGAUUUAUAAAAGACAUGAAAUUGAGUGAUUUUAUACAUGAAGACUAAGUUCUCUGUCUUAGGAGAAAUGUGGGCUCAGAACAGUGCUCACCUCUUAUCUCUCCCAUUUUAAAAACUGUCAGGGGAGUUCCCUGGCAGUCCCGUGCUUAGGACUCGGUGCUUUCACUGCCGGGGGCCCUGGGUUCGAUCCCUGGUCAGGGAACUAAGAUCCCGCAAGCCCUGAGGUACAGCCAAAAAAAAAAAGACUGUCAGAUUUUUAAAAACCCCUUCCAAAGGUUUCAGCCAUAAAGUAUCUUUUUUUUAAUAUAAAUAUCUGGGAAAAAUCAACACAGAUGUGAUCAAAUAAAGCCGUUGAGAAGAUUCUGUGGACUCAGCUACCCAGGUGGUAGAUACCCAGUAAUACCUUAUCCUGCAUCAUUGAUGAAUGAGGCCUUUCAUUUUAAAUGAAGUUUCUAGCUAGCUGAAGCUUAUUCUUUAUGUGCCAAAAUUUUUAAAUCAAUUAAAAUUUUGAUGGACCUACUUCCACACAUUUAUUAUAUAAGCUAGAUUAAAUUCCUUUUUUAAAAUUAAUCAGGUCAAUCGUUCUGCAUCUGGAUUAUUUUAUACUUUUAUCAUCGAGUAUACCGUUUAUAGUAGAAUGAUGACAUUUUUAAUAGUGAUACCCUUGUCUUUGCCCCUGUACUAAAUGUCACCCAGUUGUUUUAUAGCUGGUGAGUCUGCUGCUUCUGCCUUCUCCCAUAUUCAGUAUUUCGUUUCAUAUCCUUUUUAUCUCCAUUAUCUCCCCAUAACGCAAUCUAAUCCGCUGUCUAUUUUUUAUCGAAUGGGAAUUAAACAUUGCCAGAGGAGCCAACCCAAGUUUAUUACAUAAUUAACCUUAUUGUAAAUCCAAUAUUACAUCCUCAAAGCAAAGAGCAGGAUUUCUCUGCCACUCUUUACCUUGCAAUUGAAAAGUGUUUUAGCUAACUUGGGAGUUACGGUAUUGUCUUGGAUAUGCUCCAAUACAUAAGGACUUGCUGCAUUUUAUACCAAACUGCUUUGAGAAAUCACAUCCCUGAUCUAUUUCAGUUGUUUCUGUUUGCUUACUGAAUAACUCGGUUCUGACACACCUUUUGGGAAAUGCUGACUUCAACUUAACUGGCAAUGCUUUUAACAGUCAUCAGCUUGUUAACAUAUCUAAGUCUCAAAUGUUGAAGGACUCCAGAGUAUGUGAUUUACCCUCUCCUCAAACUUUUUAGCAAACCAAUUAAUUCAUCCUAAUUAGAUCAGCCCCAUUAAGCUACAGAUUAUCAAAAAUAAAGGCCAGCCCAGGUGUGCCUAGGCAUGAAAUUGGAGCUGAGGACUCCCGACAUACAUGAGGUGGUCCAGCACCAAGAUGCCAUAGGUCUUCUCUUCCACCCAGAGAUACUCAAGUCAGUUUAAGCAGCUGAUCGAACCUGGCCCUGUUAAGUCAGCCGCUUCACAGUUCUGAAGGCUGAGUCAGCCUCACUCCAUAGUAAGGUUGAGAUUGAGAUUUGAAAAGUUAACCUUUUUGUCACAGCUGUUAAAUAAGGACUUAUAUUAGCCUGAAGACAAAAUAUCGAACGAUUGUGAACUGUGUUUAGUUUGUGAACUUGGCGCCUAAUGUUCUGUCUGAAACGUGACCCAGUGCUACACGUGGGAGUACACACGUGUGUAUGUGUUGCCAUUGAAGUACGAUUUUGCCUGUGUGGUACUGUUUUGUUUGUUAAUAAAGUACACUAUCACCUCUGA